UGUACGGGAUUGUGUCUCUGGUUGUACGGGAUUGUGUCCCUGACUGUACGGGAUUGUGUCCCUGACUGUACGGGAUUGUGUCUCUGGUUGUACGGGAUUGUGUCUCUGAUUGUACGGGAUUGUGUCUGGUUGCACAGGAUUGUGUGAUUGAUAGUGAACCUCUGCGUGCGCUUUGUCUUCCUCUGUCGGAGGGACUGGACUGUGGUGACUUUCCCCACCAUUUUUCUGAUCCUAUCACUUGUCACUUGAUCCAGAAGAAGGUAGAAAAUACCAUUAUAAGAAAUCCAAUUGUUCUUUGCCCACCUUCAGUCAUCAUCCGGGUCCCUGGAUCAUGGACAAAGGUCAUGUGACCCACUGACCCCACCCAUUUGCUUAUACUGACGCUAUUUGCCUGCACUAAUGACUUUGGCUGACAGCGAAGCUUUAUAAUAUAUUUAGGGGCUCCUAGAGUCUGCCCCCUGGUGGUCACCAUGCCUUGGCCUUUCUCAGAAUCCAUCAAGAAGCGGGCCUGCAGGUACCUUCUCCAGAGAUACCUGGGUCACUUCCUGCAGGAGAAGCUCAGCCUGGAGCAGCUCACCCUGGACCUGUACCAAGGCACCGGCACCCUGUCACAGGUCCCCCUGGAUAAAUGGAGUCUUAAUGAAAUCAUGGAGUCGGCUGAUGCCCCCCUGGAAGUGACUGAAGGCUUCAUACAGACCAUCUCCCUGUCGGUGCCUUGGGGGUCCUUAUUACAAGAUAACUGUGCACUAGAAGUGAAGGGGCUGGAGAUGGUUUUCAGGCCAAGACCGCGACCACGGUCCGCCUCUGAGCCAAUGUAUUGGUCCAGCUUUAUGACCAGCAGCAUGCAGUUGGCCAGGGAGUGUCUGAGCCAGAAACUCACCGAUGACCAGGAAUCAUCUCAGCCUUUCGAGGGGUUGGAGAAGUUUGCAGAAACAAUAGAAACCGUCCUAAGACGCGUCAGAGUCACGUUUAUCGACACUGUUUUUAGAAUAGAAAAUAUCCCUGAGAACUCUAAAACUGGAUGUGCCCUCGAAAUUAGAAUCAGCAGGACUGUCUAUUCCGAUGAGACUGUGGACGAGCAGUCCGGGAUCAAUGUCCACAGACCUUCUGCCUUUGCUCAUAAAGUUCUGGAGCUGAGCGGAGUCUCCUUUUUCUGGGACGAGUUCCCGGCCUCUGCAAAGUCUUCACCUGUUUCUUCAACAUUGCACGUGGAAACUGAGCCAAAACUGUCACCCAGCUGGAACCCCAAACCAGUGUUUGAGCCCCACCCGCAGUUCACAAGAAGCGUGACCGAAGUCACCCCCUCUGACCCCGUCCAGAUCGCCACACUGGUCGGUAAAAUUGAGCUGGGGCUGAUCCUGAAACAGAAUGAAGUUCUUCCGGGGGCAAAGCUGGAUGUGGACGGACGUGUGGAUUCCUUUCACGUCUUCCUUUCUCCUCGCCAAGUUCACCUCCUGCUGGACCUGUUGUCGUCGGUCGCCGGGCCAGAAAACUCUGUCCGGUUGGGCAUGUCUAGAAAAGAUCGGAAGAGCCGCCCGAUGCAACAAGAGGAUGAGUUACGGCUUCAGAUGGAGCUAAAACGGUACCUGAGGAAGGACGACCUGUCCGGGGGGGUGUCUGCAGAUCACAGCUUUUAUGAGACUGAUACGGCCAAGACUCCUUCUAGUCACGAUGAAGAAGUUUUCUUCUCGAUGGCAGAUAUGGAGAUGUCUCACAGUCUGUCCUCCCUCCCACCUCUCGGAGAUCCACCAACAGUGGAUUUAGACCUGUCAUUGACUAGCACUUAUAACAAUUCUCCAGUCGGGUCACCUCUAGGGGGCACUGUGGCAGCCUGGAGUGACUACCAAGAUCAUGGUAGAUUGGAAGAGCCUACAGUACGAGGGGCUUCAUUCAAACCCAGUGUUCACCAAAAUUCCCAUAGAAGAACCUCACUACCAAACCGUUCUGUGUCGCUGGAUGACUCCCGUCCGGAACUUGUCUUCAGACUUGCGGUGGGAUCGCUGUCCUUUUCGGUGCUUCACAUUGACCCCCUGCCCCCAACAGAGAGCACAUCCAGCCCUAACCCGCUGACACCCCUGUCUCUCAGUUUCUUCAACCGCAUCGAGAUGCUGGAUCCACAGAUGUUUGCACAAAAUGACUUUGCCUUCUUCCGGAAUGUCUUUGCAGAAGCGUGCAGACACGAUCACCUUAGAUUUAUAGGCACUGAAAUAAAAAUCUCCCAUGAGCAGCGGCAGCGGUCUGGGUCUCGGAGUUACAGCACAGACGUAUGUAUUGGUCAGACUGAGCUCCUGGAGUGUCUCUUCCCUAGUGACUCCCAGCCUGUUCCACCUCAAUACACAGAGCUGUUGAAGUUCAUUGUGGAUAAAGAUCCUGAAUGCCGAACGUCACCUUGUGUUCACCUGCAUUACAGGCAUUUGGAAAACCGAGUACCACAGGGCAGUUCUGGGCGCCUGAGUUCUCUUCCGCAGCGGUCAGAGCUGCACGUCCAGCUGUCCUCAGCCUCCUGUGAGCUCGAUAUCACCAUCGUCGAUCGAUUGAAUUCAUUGCUGCAGGUGCAAAAGUUGGGAAGUGGCGAAAUGAUGAGCUCACAUCUCUUCACGUCUUACAACAAGCACAUUAGCCUGCACAAAGAUUUCCCUGAGGUCCUUCUAGACGACUCUCGAUCUCCAGCAAACACAAGGACAUCCGUGCUGGUUUCUGCACCUUCGCUCCAUCUUGCCGUGCGCUUUCCAAUUCCUGAUCUACGAUCUGACCAGGAGCGAGGUCCUUGGUUUAAGAAGUCCCUCCAAAAAGAAGUCCUACAUCUAAACUUUUUAGAUGUGGAGUUUAAGACUGAGGUCCUCGGCGGCUGUUCCCCGGAACAGUUGAAGCUGGAAUUAACGUUCAAAGAGUUAACCGGAGCCUUCCAGGAAGACAGCGAUGGCCCACCGAUCCAGUUCCUCAAGGUAGUGAAGAAGAACAAUGAAGUAGAUGGAGACAUGACCACGUCGGACAACUUUGAUUGGCCAAGGAUUGUGUUGCGAAUAAAUCCUAUCGCUGUGCACUCCAUCCUGGAGCGAGUUUCUGCAGAGGAGGACGAUGAAGUUGAUGGAAGAUUUCAAGAGGACGAUGAAGGAACUUCCCACUCGCUUAAAGAUGUGUGCGACUUCAGACGUCCGGAACCAUCACCAUUCUCCUCUCGAAGGGUCAUGUUUGAGAAUGAAGAGAUGGUAAUGCCUGGAGAUGCCAUAGAAAUGACAGAAUUUCAAGAAAAAGCCAUCAGUAACUCCCAUUACGUGCUAGAGCUGACCCUGCCCAGUGUGUACUUAAUGCUGCCAAAUAAAGUCUUCUAUGAGAAGCUCUACAAUAGGAUAAGCAAUGAUUUGCUGCUCUGGGAACCCACCGCCCCCUCACCAGUCGAGACCUUUGAGAACCUAACCUAUGGAAUUGGCCUGUCAGUGGCGAGCCAGCUCAUCAACACCUUCAGCAAAGACUCCAGUGGAGCAUUCAAGUCUACCCUUCACUACGAUGAUGACAGCGGUUCAGAAGAAGAAACCUUACAAUACGAUUACAUCCUUGACUCCAACUAUCAUAGUCGAAGAAAGAAAAAACUUGAAUGUCCAAGCAAACAGUCUCAGAGCUUCUUGUCCGUCCUGGUGAAUAUCAACCAUGGUCUGGUCUCUAUAUUUACAGAUGUCAAGCAAUCGGAUGGAAAGUUGAUGGUAGGCAAGCAUGGAGAAUUUUGGCUGGAAUUCAACAGUGGAUCUCUCUUCACGGUGACUAAAUAUGAAGGUUUUGAAGACAAGCACUUUUUAUGUCUCCACGCCAGCAGCCUGAGUCUGUACCAUCAAGGUGUAUUGGAUGGCGUUGUUGUUCCAUCCGACCUCAGACUUCCAAGCCUGCCUCAGCCACACUGGUUAGAGCCCACCAUUUAUUCCUCUGGAGAAGAUGGGUGCCACCGUGCCUCUAGUAACGGCGUGGGAAUGGACACCAUGAGCAUGCUGACCGUGGCCGUAAAGAUCCAGUCCGAUAGAUCUGACAAUAACACAAAGGAAUUCCUUGUUGCUGUGGGACUGCGAGGGGCAACUCUGAAACACCGGGUUCUUCGGUCUGAACACACCUGGCACGAGCAGAUUAUGCAGUUCCUGAAUAUUACAGAAGAGCCAGUUUUGGGCUAUAACCCUCCUACCUCCAUCACUACCUUUCAUGUUCACCUCUGGAGUUGCGCUUUGGAUUACAGGCCUCUCUACCUACCUAUAAGAGCCCUGCUGACUGUGGAGACCUUCAGUAUAUCCUGCAGUGUCGCUUUGGAUAAAUCCUCCUCUAGCCUUCGGAUUAUACUGGAUGAGGCCGCCUUGCAUUUAUCUGACAGGUGUAAUGCUGUAUCUGUCAACUUAAGUCGAGAUUACGUUCGCGUCCUGGACAUGGGGCUUUUAGAAUUGACUAUACUGGCUGUGAAGUUUGGAGAAGAGAACAAGCCCCGCUUCGAGAUGUACUGUUCCAGUGAUGUGAUUCAUAUCAGGACCUGCUCUGACUCCUGUGCGGCACUAAUGAACCUUAUCCAGUACAUCGCCAGCUACGGAGACCUGCAUCCCCCCUCCAGAGCCCAGGCAUCUCCUGGAGCUCAGAAGUCAGCCAAAAAGAGUGACACCUCUACAGGGUCCGGGUCCAGGGGCCCCGCUCUGGCAGAAGAAGAGCAGCAGAUACUGCGGGAUUUGAUGAGUGAUGCCAUGGAAGACACCGACGUUUACCAAGAUGUCACACCAGCAAAAUCACAGCUAAAUGGUGUAUCUGAAAGCAAAUCCGACUUGCACAAGGCUCCCUGCUCAGACCUCUUUUUGUUUCCCGAUGAAAGUGGAAUGCUCUCUGAAGAAUCCAGUCCCACAUUCGCAACAGCUACACAACAUCUUAUAAGUGACGCAAUUCUCGAUGCUCCGCUCGAAAGCGAUGACUUCUGCAUUCUAUACGCCCCCAAGACCCCUGUUACAGAUAAAGAUGAGGAGCCCUCGGUGAAGAAGCUUGUGGACGAUGCCAUAGUGAUAAAGGAAAACUAUUUCAGCUCUCCCGGGAAAAAAUCUGACACCAGUAAAGCCCCCCUUCACUUCCCUGUCCCUGUUGUCCGAUACGUGGUUAAAGAGGUCUCCCUUGUAUGGCAUCUAUAUGGGGGGAAAGACUUUGGAAAUGCUGCUUCUUGUAGUUCUCCUGCUAAACACUACAUGAGCCCUCACAGCUCACCAUCCUGUACACCAACAAGAAGAUCCAGCAGCGUAGUCCGUGGUGGUCGGGGAAGAAAUCAAGAUUUAUUGAUGGAGAUCCAGCUGACCAAGGUUAAGUUCCAGCAUGAAGUUUACCCACAGGCCGAUGAGAUGGCAGAGGUGACUUUGACAGAACAGCCGGUAUCACGUCAGGUGUUCAUUGUCCAGGACCUGGAGAUUAGAGAUCGUCUGGCCUCAUCUCAGAUGAACAAGUUCCUUCAUCUGUACAGCAGUAAGGAGAUGCCAAGAAAAGCCCAUUCAAACAUGCUUACAGUCAAAGCCUUACACGUGCGACCUGAGUCUUCCCAUUCCCCACAAGAAUGCUGUCUGCGGGUAACGCUCAUGCCGAUUCGCCUCAACAUUGACCAGGAUGCCUUGUUCUUCUUGAAGGAUUUCUUCACAAGUCUUUCUUCAGAAGUGGAAAUAUUGGUGACUCCGGAUCCUGAAGUGAAGAGAACACCAGGUUCUGAUGUCACUUGCACUUUGCCAAAGCAUCUGAACCCCCAAGAAAGAAUCCCUGUUAUUUCGUUUCUCGGACAGAAUCAGCCUGUGAGAAAUGGCGAUGUGAAUUUUACAGAGUUCGAUGAGGACGCCAUGUAUGACGUCUCCUCGUAUGAUGACCAACCUGUGUUUUUUCGGGAAUUCCGGUUUACCUCUGAGGUUCCAAUAAGAUUGGAUUAUCAUGGAAAACAUGUCUCCAUGGACCAGGGUACUCUAACUGGAAUACUGAUAGGACUGGCCCAGCUGAACAACUCUGAGUUAAAGCUGAAGAGACUAUGCUACCGGCAUGGUCUCUUAGGUGUGGACAAGCUGUUCUCUUAUGCCAUCAAUGAAUGGCUGACUGAUAUAAAGAAGAAUCAGCUGCCUGGCAUUCUGGGAGGAGUGGGACCGAUGCAUUCUUUGGUUCAACUAGUUCAGGGUCUUAGGGAUUUGGUGUGGCUACCCAUAGAACAAUACUACAAAGAUGGCCGCAUCGUUCGAGGCUUCCAAAGAGGGGCUGCAUCGUUCGGCACGUCCACCGCCAUGGCUGCUCUGGAGCUGACCAACAGAGUUGUGCAGACCAUACAGGCCGCCGCAGAGACCGCCUAUGACAUGGUGUCACCCGGACCAAGUCCUGUUGAAUUGAGAAGAGCGAAGCGAUUUUCUCACCAUCGGCUGGUGCAUCAACCUGUAGACUUAAGGGAAGGCGUGGCCAAAGCGUACACCGUGGUUAAAGAGGGGAUCACAGACACCGCUCAAACCAUCUAUGAGACAGCGACUCGUGAACACGAGAACAGAGGGGUCACCGGCGCAGUGGGCGGAGUCCUUCGCCAGAUUCCACCGGCGGUUGUCAAACCGCUUCUUGUGGCAACGGAAGCCACAUCCAACGUGCUGGGCGGAAUGAGGAAUCAGAUAAGGCCCGACGUCCGGGAGGAAGAGUCACAGAAGUGGAGAUUAGAAGAAGGGUAGAACAGAGCGCCGUGUGGACCGCGCACCGCCAGGGUGAAUACUGUGACUCACUAUUACCACGCUGGAUGGAUAGGUUUAAGCUUUUUUUGGCAAACGACUCAGGAAUGGGUGAAACUUACCUACCACAUGUGGAACCUUCAUGGGUGCACAGGGAUACCGGUUGUACUGUAUGCCGCUCGGCGAUCAUGGCUUCUCCUCCGCUUCAGAUCCCCUCCACCCCCGGUCAAUUCCAGACAUCAAGAGAAGAAAAUCUAUUUUGGCUAUAGCUUUCUAGUAGUGUUACUCCAUGAUUUGCUCCUUUUUUUCCUUCUUUUUUUUCUUCUUUUUUUUCUUCUUUUUUUUCUCCUCUGCUUUGCACUUGGUUGAAAGUGAAUAACAAUUCCGUUCCAUGUUGUAGGUAGGUGUUCUGCGGCCACCGCCUCCUGUCACCUGGGCUCGGGGUCAGAGGUCUUGUGUUACAUUUUAGUCUGUACAUUUGUAAUUUGUUUAUAGUGUUAAUAAAACAUGUGUUCUGGUCAGA